CGUUCCUAGAUUGUUGUAGUCAUGCUUUAUUUGUUAUUUUGUUUUUGUGUAUGUGUGUGUGUGUUUUUAAGGUUUAAGUCUUGUAUGAAAUUUAGCGUAUAAUUGUAGUAUGUUGUUCACAAUUUGCAAAGUUCUGUUUGAUAACUGUAUUGGCUGUUGAUUAAAAUUAAAAAAACGAAAGAAAAAAGCCAUUUAUCACUUCCGGGGCACUACGUCAUUGGCGCCGCCAAUCCUUUGCCACGCAGUAGGGACGUGACUUCCUUUAUCCGGGUCACGGAUUGGAGAUACUCUGAAGCAGCACUGAAGAUGUCGUUCGCCCGUUCUCGCCUGGUUAGAGUGCUGGUGCAGGUAUUGUGGGUGCAGCUGCUCGCUGGGUGGGCGUACGGCUCGGAGCUCACCUUCGAGCUGCCCGACAACGCCAAGCAGUGCUUCCAUGAAGACAUCAUAAUCGGCACCAAGUGUACCCUGGAGUUCCAGGUGGUGACUGGUGGACACUAUGAUGUCGACUGCCGCCUCGAGGAUCCAGACGGAACAGUCCUGUACAAGGAAAUGAAGAAGCAAUAUGACAGUUUCACCUUCACAGCAGGGAAGAACGGAACAUACAAGUUCUGCUUUAGCAAUGAGUUCUCCACCUUCACCCACAAGACGGUCUACUUCGACUUCCAGGUUGGAGAUGAUCCCCCCCUCUUUCCCAAUGAGAACCGAGUCACAGCUUUAACUCAGAUGGAGUCCGCCUGUGUCUCCAUCCACGAGGCCCUGAAGUCUGUCAUCGACUACCAGACUCACUUCCGCCUGCGGGAGGCGCAGGGUCGUAGCCGCGCCGAGGACCUCAACACCAGGGUGGCGUUCUGGUCCGUCGGGGAGGCCAUCAUCCUUUUGGUAGUCAGCAUCAGCCAGGUGGUCCUGCUCCGGAGCUUCUUUUCGGACAAGAAGACUACCACAACCCGGGUGGGCUCAUAACCCCCCCCCCCCAAAGCCACCCCGCCCCACGCAGCUGUGAUUGCUUGUAAGAGGGUCUUCUGUAGGUAGGCCACAGACAGCAAAGGUUUAUGGGAAAAUCCUGAUUUUAUUUUUAUUUUUUUUUUAUUGGGGGGUGGGAGUGGGGGUAGCCACACUAUAUAUAGAUUACUUUUAAACCCGAUGGAUUCCUUUGUUGUCAUGAUAGCAAUUUAAUUUAUUAUGUUGGUGUUUGCAUUACUUGUAUAUUUUUUUUUUUAACACCGCCGUGUAUCAGAACUGUGGGUCAUGCUGGUUUUUGUUCUGAAACUAAAUUUAUAAGGUCUUUGGACCUCCCUCCAAGCUAUAUAGUCGGGAUGGGCCUGCAGUGACACCCCCUUACAGGGAGGAGGCGUUUAGCUUGUCCGCAGCCUCCGCAUUCUGCCUGGGGUGAGGCCCCUCUCGCCUCCUCCCGCACAGUUUGUCACGAUGCGUGCUGUCAUGGGGCUGCCGCCUCUGCCUGAUUCGCCGCAUCUGGGCGAUUUGCCGGAUUGAUGCUGUUCGAAUGUCCCUUGGAAGCUGACAUAAGCACGCCGUAGUUUAAUUUUUUAUUGCUUUAUUUGGCAUUUUAUCAAACUAGGUGGUCUGGGUUGGGAGUGCUGUGUAUGUAUAUGUGUAUCUGUGUGUGUGCACGUGUGCUCAUGUAGUUGCAGUACUUCCCAAUUUUGCUGGGGCUCAUCACUGGAAGUCGUUCAGUGGUUUCCGACUCGAUCGUCUGUGAUCCGGCUUCAGGCCGUCAUACUCUGGUCUGAAGACACCUUGUUUGCUGUGGCGCCGCCUGUCUGAGCUACUGAAAAACGUGCCGUUUUUUUUUUUUUUUUCCCUUUGGACCUUUUCGUUCUGAUGCAGUAGCUGCCAUUUCCCUCAGUGGUACAGCCAUUACUGUGGUGACCUCACUGCACUGUGUGAUGGCUUGAAAUGUACGUCUGCAUUGUGUAGAGUUUUUAACUUGAUGGGGCGGGACACUCUGGGUGGCCAAAGCUCCUUUAGUCGUAACUGCAACGGCCUGGAAGGGGUCGCCCCAUCGCUGCGGGUUAAGGCUGGUGUGUUAAGAAACUGCGUUCGUGGUGCUUCUGGAAGUAGAGCCGGCCUGUUUUCUCAUCACGUACAUGCGUCACGGGUCACGUCACGCUGAUUAUUCAGUCCGAGUCUCUCCGGGGCGGCAGGGCGACAGGCAGACCCAGCCCUGACACACCGCCGAGUGGUCUGAAUGUGGGCCGUCUCUCUCUCCGGUGCCGUGGAUCUGAAACCGUGUGUUGCAGCAAUCCUUGGGCCCACAUUUGUAUAUUUUGUUUGUUAGCUUGGGAAUGUGUGUUAAGGUUCUUUGUGUGCUGCCUUGUAGCGCUUUAAAAAAUUACAUGUAAACCCUCCACCCCCCAAAACAAAAGGAUAGUCUGAUUUGGUCAAUUUUCACCUGCACGUUUUGAUCCAGAUGUAUGAAUGUCAUGCAGUUGUUUCAGGUGAAUAAAAAAAAAUUCCCCUUUUGUCUAACUGUCUCUAACUCGUGUGUCUGUUUCUUACAAAAUAAUCACUACAUUACAACGUGGGAAAACGGACUCAUUUCCAUUCAUUUUAUACAUCAAAUGGGUCUUCUGAAAAAUUCUUUGCAGUUAGUUUUGUGGUAAUCUCAUAUCAAAAGUAUGAACCCUCAUCACUGCAUGUUUUUGCACAGCAAUGCAAUGUUACUGCCCCAGGCAGAAAAUUUGGUUUUGCUUGUUUUUGGUAUGAUAUAAGAUUUAGCUUUUCUACUCCACUGCCGUUUAUAUUCAAUGUGGGACAUCAGUUGAAACUGGCUCUUUUGUCCACUAGGGGGCGAUAUUUUAAAGUUACUGUUGAUUCAUUUGCAUAAUUGGGCUCAGUGUCAUUCUGAUGAAUAACUGUGAUAACGUUCCUGAGGACCGGAGAAAGCAGACAGGUUUAGUUGUGUUCCAAGCAAUGGCUUAUUUGGACUGACACCUCAUUCACUUCAGUUACUGUCAAUUAUCUAUGUAAUCCUCUUAUUUGUGACAAUAGUCGGUAUGUGCUUAUAGCCGAAUAGGACUUGGCAGUGUACAGGUUUAGCUGUGUUGUGUUUCUGCAGGACAUCUCCGAUAUGUGGAAGCUCUCCAGUCAAAGUCUUGGUAAUUAUAGUGAAUGACGCUUUAAAGCGGUGAUGCUCAGCUCCGUUACUGGAUCUGAAAUGAAAGCAAACAACUACCUUAGAUGAUUAUAUUGAGCUGAAGUUACGGUUGGGAUAAUAGAGAAAUAUAUCAGUGCACAGCUAGUGUGUGUCUGUGUUUAAGUUCUACGAACAGGCACAAUGACGGCAUCUUUCACAAACACUGCUGUACCCGAGAUGUUUUUCACACCUUGGCCUACAUACACAGUGGUUUACCGUGGAAUAUGAGACAAAGAGGCAAAGCUAACAGGAAGAUUAGUUUUUACUAGAGGUAGAACCUGGCGAUUUAAUUUCGAAAGAGACUUUACGAUGCCCUCUGUGGUUCUGGGAGGAUGGGUGUGGGUUCUCCUGCAUUUCUUCAAGGCUACGGUGAUGUUCUCAGUACUGCGGCGGGUUUCUUGGGAAGGACCCUUCGCCACACACUGCAGGGCUACCGACAAACGCAGACUCAUUCGGCUGGGAAGCAGCCCUGAUCGUUGCUGACUAAAUCUCCAUCCACUGCUUCUGUUCUCACUGCUUAUCCAGUUCCCGCAGGUCACUGCAAUAUCCUCCCACACAAACCCAACAAGCAAAGCUUAGCCACUAACUGAGUGUUUUGUGCUGCAUUUAAAUAUUUUUUGCCCACUGUAUGUCUUAGGAAAUGUACUGUUUUUUUCUUAUAUCUAAAUCUUUUUAUUUGCUUUUGAGUGUUUUUUUUUAUUUUGUAUAUUUGUGUUUAUGUUUAUAUCUUAGUACCUACUGCUGCUUUCUGUCUGUGGGUUUUCACACAAAAUUUCAUUGUAGACAUGCAAUGACAAUAAAGUCUUGUUAUCUUCUAA